GAGAGGGAGGAAGUACACAAGGCAGAGAAAGUUGCACAGUUCUGUCUCAGAGAGGAGGCAGAAAGCUCCUGCAUCAUGAGCUCUGAAACAACCAAAGAAACUAUAGUAGUGAAGACAGGAGAAGCUGCUGCUGCUCCAGCUGCAGGGAGAGGGGAAUGGAAGUGCCCUAUGGGUGACCGGCAUGUCCACAGAGAUGAUGUGAGGAAGGUUUGGAACGAGUGCCAAGAGGAGAGCUUCUGGUAUAGAGCUCUGCCCCUCUCUCUGGGUAGCAUGGCUGUGACUGGUGGUCUUAUCUACAACGGUGUCUGGAAACAAUCAAAGCGACUUGGCUACUUUCCAAAACUAGCAGUUGCUGGGAUCCUUGGUUUUGCAGUGGGGAAAGCAUCUUAUGUUGGAACUUGUCGAAGCAAGUUUCAAAAGAUUGGCAUUGAGGGUGGACCCUGGUCUGAGGGGCCCGGCUUUGGACCUUUUAAUAAGUCUGGCCAUGGACACAGAGCCUGCCACCAUGUGUGUGAAGAGUGUAAGAAAAAAGCUCAAGAUGCACCUGCAGAACAGUUGAAAAGCUAGAGCCUCAUCCAAAACACUGAAAGACUGUCAGCAUGGAUCAGUCAGUUGCAGCUUUUCUGGUUCUUUAAUAUAAUAAAUACUGCAUAUAAUUUG